UAAAUCUCAAAAAUUUUAAGAAGGUGGUUAAAAUGGAGAGGGACAAAUAAUCCACAUACAAUUCCUCGAUUAAAUACUUAAAAAUAAUUAAGAUGGCACAAUAGCUGGGGCUGAAUUUUAAUUAGAUAUAUGCUUAUUUAAACAAUGGUUAGGCCUAAUAGCCCUACAUCUUUGUUGAUUCUACUCUUGGUGGGUCUGUGCAUAAUAGCAACACCAUGGAAAGGAAAAACAGUGGAAGCUGCCAAUUAUACAGACAGUAAUGGAAAUACUAUAUUGGAAAAUGGGACCAUCAUCUGGGGCCCCCUACCUGCUCCAAGCACACCAUAUAAAACAAAUGGAACCUACGAUUCUGGGGGCCUUGCAAUGUUGUUUGCCUUUGCAAGGAGUUUUGUGAAUACUGUUCAACCUAAUUCCCUUCCAUUUGAUAUGAUCCAACAAUUGAUGGCCGGGACAUUUGACAUAUCUUCAGAUUAUAUGGAGUUGGUGAACUAUGCCAUGGGGUUUGCUAUAACAUUUGCUAUAGGUAUACUCUAUGUGUUGUUCCUACCAAUCUGUGGCUUCUGCUUUUGCUGCUGUCGAUGCUGUGGCAACUGUGGAGGCUCUAGUACACAGUCCAUGGAUGAGAAUGCAGGAUGUAAAAGAAUGGGAUAUGGACUUGCCUUGUUCCUUAUGUCUCUCUGCAUGGGUGCUGCAAUGGGGUGUACAUACUACACCAAUGAAAGGUUCAACAGCGCCCUGGAUGCAAUUGGGGAUAAUAUCGACAACAAUUUUGAUGACAUUGAUGUUUUCCUGAACAAUACUGCAGAGCAAUUCAAGUACAUGGCUGUCGACAUGUAUGCAGUGACUGCCCAAGGUAUACGGAAUGACCUGUCUGGAAUUGGUCCAAUACUGGGUGGCUCUAUUGUUAGUUCCCUUGGAUUAAUAGUAGAUCCCACCUUAGACUCAAUCAUUAACCUACAUAAAAUUAUACUGAAUGUCGUUGACAAACUGGAUAAUGUAAACACUAAGAUUAGUAAUGUAAAGACAGCGGGGAAUGAUCUAAACUCAGCACUUGAGACAUUAAAGGAUGAUAUUACUGCUACUAAGUUGGGAUGUUCUUCCUGUUUUCCACCUCAAGCUUGUAACAAUGUAGAUGAAAGUGUACUUGCACUUGGAAUAGAUUUUGAAACAUUGCCAGAUCUGAGUGGAGUAUCCAGCUCAAUGUCUGCGAUUACCAGUCAGAACCUGACCCAGAUGGCGCUUGAUGGACGAGCAAUUUUAGACAAUAUUCCGACCAUGAUAAAUGACACAGUUGGAAGCCUGAGUGAUUCUGUAUCAGGAACCAUGGAUGAGUUUUCUGGCAUGAUAUCAGGAAUGGUAGAUGGCUUCAUCAACACUACAUUAGGGGCUCUGGACAUAUCAGCAGUCAAGUCAGAUGUUGGUGGAUACAUAGACUUGGCAAAGGACUACAAUGUAUACAGGUGGUAUGGGGGUUUAGGCCUAAUGGGUGUAUUUGGCCUUGUCAUAUUCUGUUUUCUGAUUGGUCUAUUCUGUGGUGUGGCUGGUUAUGACAAACAGGCCCUUCCGACAGAGAGAGGCUGUAUGUCAAAUUGUGGGGGAUGUUGCCUCAUGCUCGGCGUAACAAUAGUAUUCUUUGUUGGAUCUCUGUUGAUGUUACUUACAACUGUAUUGUUCAUGGUUGGGGGCAACAUGGAGAAAAUAUGUCAACCUCUUUCUGAUAUGACCAUCUUUAAAGAUUUUCUUGAUAAGGGUGGUAUUCCUUCCUUCAACCUUGGGGAGAUGCUUCUUAGCAAUUCCUCAGUUGAAUUCAAACUGAAUGAUGUCUUCAUUGGAUGUAGGGCCAACCAAGCCCCCUUCAGACUGAUGCACUUUGACUCUCUGAUUCCCCUUGAUGAUUAUCUUGACUACAAGAAGUACCUGCCAGAUAUUGACAGCCAGUUUGACAAUAUGGCUACCAGUGUAAACCUAAGCAGUAUUGUCAUCAUCACACCAGAGACUGAGCAACUGUUAGUGGACUUUAGAGAUUCUGGAGCUGGCAGCAUCGACUUUGCAACAUUCACAAGUGUUUUAUCCUUGAACCUGACAUCAUUUGACUUCACUGCACUGUCACAAGUCUUCAGGGGUGUUGGGGAUACAUGCGGGGCAUCUCCAGUAACGCAGGCUCAGUGGUAUGCCCAUGCAGAUGAGAUGGACAGAAUCAAUUUUGAAGAGAAAGUAACUCUUUCUAAUGCAAUGGCUAACCUAACUACAGCAUUGGAUGGCUUACAAACGGCUGUUGAUGGAAUUGUGCCUGCUGUAAAUGGAACACUGGUUUCUGCUGUAGCAAUGCAAACUCAAAUCCAAACUAAUGCAACGGCUUCAAUAGUGACUGCUGCUGUUGGCUACAAGGACCGCAUUCUUGGUUACAUUGACCAGUUUGCUACAAAGGCUCUGGACCUUGUCAACAACGAGCUAGCAGCCUGUAAACCUGUUUGGAACCUUUAUGAAUCAUUCACUCUCAUUCUAUGUAAAUGGACUGUUGAUUCUUUGAAUGGCUUUUGGUUUGGACUCGGAUGGGGAAUUCUUUUCUUCGUGCCCUGUAUCUUUGUAGCAGUGAAACUAGCCAAGCAUUACAGACGCAUGGAUGACUGUGAAGGUUUCAUGGAAGAAGAUGAUUUCUAUGAUGAUCAUGAUUAUGCUGACGAUGAUUAUUAUAAGUACUAGCACAAGAAAUACUUAAAGGUUACUACAUUUAUAGAGCUAGUCAUAAAGGAGAGGAAAAUAUGAGAGUUCAAGCAUGAGAUUGCAAGCAUAUAGGGGACACAAUCAAAGACUCAUGAAGAAAUCUACAAUAUGCUCAGUCACAUACAUGCACAGUCACAAGCAACAUCUUAACUUGAAGCUAAUCUUCCCAUCAUGAUAAACCAUGACAUCUC